GGCCGGCCGGAGCGCUGACGGGACGGGACGGGAGGCGAGGAGCGGCGCGGCGCGGCGGUGGGAGUGGGGGGGGGGCACCCACCCCAGCCCACCGCACCCACCCCGCGGCGAUGUCCAACGUGCACCUCUCCGGCUCCGCCGCCCUGGAGCGCCUCUCCGCCCGGCGAGCCCUGGGCGGGCACGGCCGCAGCCCCGUCUGCAGGAGCCUCUUCGGGCCGGUGGACCACGAGGAGCUGGGCCGGGAGCUGCGGAACCGCCUGCGGGAGAUGGGGGAGGACGACCAGCGCCGCUGGGACUACAACUUCCACACCGACACGCCGCUGCCGGGGCCCGGCCGCCUGCGCUGGGAGGAGGUGGAGGGCGGCGCCGUGCCCGCGUUUUACCGGGAGACGCUGCAGGUGGGGCGGCACCGCGUCCCCCUCCGCCGGGCGCCCCCCGCCCCGCCGCCGCCCCCCGCCGCCGCCGCCGGCGGCAAGGGCCCCGGGGGGGCCCGCCUGAGCCAGGAGAACCGCGCCGCGCCCCGCAGCCGCGGCGUGCGGCCCCGCCGGAGGGGCCCGCCGGCCCGCAUCACAGAUUUCUUCGCGAGGAGGAAAAGGCCGGCGGAGCCCAAGGCGGCGGCGGAGCGUCCCGCCGGCUGCCCGCCGCCCCCCGCCGCCGCGCCGGCUGAGCAGACCCCCCGCAAGCGGCUCCGCUGAGCCAGACUUUUGCACUACGGCACCCACGGGAGAGGCGCGUCGCCCCCGGAGGCACGGCGCCCCGGAGGCGCAGGGGGGCCGGGGCGGGCGGCGCGGCGAGCCGGGCCCCCCCCCUCGCCCGCCCGGACCGGGAGCGAGAGCCGGAGCGGAACCGGAGCGGAGCCGGAGCCGCAGCCGCAGCCCGCCGGCCGCGCCCGGAGCAGUGUUAACGUACAACUGUGCAAUGUAUUACGUUUUGUAUAGAAAUGUAUUAUGCCUAAUGUGAGUACACUGGCCAGAAGUGUAAAGCUUUAAAAGUCAUUUAUAUCAAAUGUUUAAUCUCUGCUGAGCUUUCAGUGCAAAAGGAGAAAAAAAAAAAAAAAAAGGAAAAAGGAAAAAAUGAAAAAAGAAUGUGUAUAUUUGUACAAAAGGUUUUUUUAAGAGUUAUACUAACUUAUAUUUCCUAUUUAUGUCAGAAAUGUGGAUAACUUUGACAUCCAAUAGUCUUUUUUUUUUUUUUUUCUUUUGGUUAAGCCAAAGGGCACUAUAUUUGCUUUUGUUAUUUACAAAAUGUAAAUUUAUUUUUAUAGUGGGAAUUUUUUUUUUUUUGCAUUCACAAGAUCUAGCUCUGAAUCAAAAUCUUUUUUAGACUUUACUUGAAGACAAAUCUGUUUCAAUGGUUCCUGAGCCGGUCUGUACCACUGCCAUUGCAAAUAAUGCCACAACUUCAAUAAUAAACAAAUUUUAAAAAGCCAGGAAA